UCUGAUCAAGCAAAAAACAUGCAGCCCAACUGCAGUAGUUUACCGCCACCCAGACCUCUCCGGCAUUUGGCGGAGAAACAUCGGCGGCAGCAAAUGAAAGGCCUUAAUCGUCGCCUCGCCUCUCUCGUCCCCCAUGAAAAAUCUCUAGAAAAAUCUCCGGCCAUUGACGUGUUGGAUCAUGCCACUAACUACAUCAAACAACUAGAGAACAACGUUAAUGAGCUGAAAGCAAGAAAGGAUAACCUACAAUUACCAGUCGUAAUGGACGUGAAUGAAAGUAAGAGAGGUGAAAGUUUGGAGAUAAAUAUAGUGUGUGGAUUGGAGAAGAAGAUGAGUGCAACCAACUCCACUGUGGGUCUCAAGAUCUACCAUACAAUUCUUUGCAAGGCAUUUUCACCCAGAAUUGGAAUGGAUACCAUUCGAGUGCAAGAACGGUUGAAGAACUUUAUUUGUGACCUUGGAUGAUUUUGAAGAAUAAUGAGCAAGAGAGGACGCCAUGUUGCAGAUUUUUUGUAAUCAUUGUAUAUAUACUCCCUUGUUUAAUUUUAUCUCUCGUACUUACUUUUCAUUUGUCACACUAUCAUCGUCAAAUAAACUCUUUUUAUUGUUUA